CUCGCGCGCCCCGGUGAGUCGGCCCUUCGCACUCCGCGGCCGCUUCCGGUCUUUGUGGGUCGCUCUAGGUGGGUUCCGGUUCCGAAGCUGUUCAAGUCCUCAGCCCCUUCACCCUGGGAGAGAAACCUCUGCUGGCUUCCUGGGGCUGCGGGUGAGCGAACUUGUGCUCAGGACGCGGUGGGCAGGGUGCUAGGACGUCCUCGGGGCCUGGGCCCCUCGAACCCGGCCCAGGCUGGAGCCGGACGGCCUCUGGGCCUGCCUUGCCCAGGUCCACCCAGGAAGAAGCUGCACAGAUCUUGCUUGAAGCAUUGAUAAGCUUUUCCAUAGCUAUGAUGGCAUCUAUUUGGGCUAUCCAGGCCCACAAAGACCAGGACGAACUAUUGGAAGUAAAGGUUGAGAAGGAGGAGGAUGUGAAGGACGAGCACAAAUAUACCACCAGACAGGAUCAGAACCUGCAAAAGAACAACACCCAUAGCAGGGAAGUCUUCCGACAGUACUUCAGGCAUUUCUGCUACCAGGAAACGUCUGGACCCCGUGAGGCUUUGAGCCGACUCAGGGAACUUUGCCAUCAGUGGCUGAGGCCAGAGACCCAUACCAAGGAACAAAUUCUAGAGCUCUUGGUGCUGGAGCAAUUCCUGACCAUCCUGCCUGAGGAGCUCCAAGCCUGGGUCCAAGAACAGCAUCCAGAGAGUGGGGAAGAGGUGGUGACUGUGCUGGAGGCUUUAGAGAGAGAGUUGGAUGAGCCAGGAUAUCAGGUCUCAGUUCACACUGAGGAACAGGAAAUGUUCUUGCAGGAGGUGGUACCUCUAGGAUCAGAACAAGAACCCGGUAUGUCUCUCCCAUCCGUGAAAGUCCAGCUAAAGUGUGAAUCUCCGGACCUUGAAGCCCAGCAGGAGCAAGUUUCAGAUGUUGAUACUGGAAAUGAGUAUAGGAAUUUAACUCCAAAGCAAGAAGUUUCUGAAGAAAUGAAAUCAUAUGGGAAUAUAUCUAGCAAAUUUGAAAAUGAAAUAGCUCAAUCUACUGGGUAUGAAAAAACUUGUGAACCUCAAGAAAAAACAGAAGAGCCUUCCGGAUACUCCAGGGAAGAUAAACAACCUACAUGUCAUGAAAAUGGAGUAAGUUUGACUGAGAACUCUGACCGUCCUGAACACCAGAGAGUCUGUCCAGGAGAAAAACUUUAUGAGUGUGAUGACUGUGGAAAAGCUUUUAGUCAGCACUCACGCCUUCUAGAACAUCAGAGGAUCCAUACUGGAGACAGGCCCUACAAAUGCGAAGAAUGUGGAAAAACUUUCCGUGGGCGAACUGUGCUUAUUCGACACAAGGUAAUACACACUGGAGAGAAGCCAUACAAAUGUAAUGAGUGUGGCAAAGCCUUUGGCCGGUGGUCAGCUCUUAAUCAGCAUCAGAGACUUCAUACAGGAGAGAAGCACUACCAUUGUAAUGAAUGUGGCAAAGCCUUUAGUCAGAAAGCAGGCCUUUUUCACCAUCUAAAGAUCCACACAAGAGACAAACCUUAUCAUUGCACUCAGUGUAAUAAAAGUUUUAGUCGGCGUUCAAUUCUUACCCAGCAUCAAGGAGUUCAUACUGGGGCAAAGCCCUAUGAGUGCAAUGAAUGUGGAAAAGCCUUUGUUUAUAACUCCUCCCUCGUCUCCCAUCAGGAGAUCCACCACAAAGAAAAAUGCUAUCAGUGUAAGGAAUGUGGGAAAUCCUUCAGUCAGAGUGGCCUUAUACAGCAUCAGAGAAUCCAUACUGGGGAGAAACCCUACAAAUGUGAUGUUUGUGGAAAAGCCUUUAUUCAGAGGACAAGUCUUAUAGAACAUCAGCGAAUUCAUACUGGAGAGAGACCCUAUCAAUGUGGCACAUGUGGAAAGGCUUUCACUCAAAGAUCAGCCCUCACAGAACAUCAGAGAAUCCAUACUGGAGAGAGGCCCUAUAAGUGUGAUGAGUGUGGGAAUGCCUUCCGAGGAAUCACCAGUCUGAUCCAACAUCAGAGAAUCCAUACUGGGGAGAAACCCUACCAAUGUGAUGAAUGUGGCAAAGCCUUCAGACAGAGCAAGAAAGGGCUGCUCCACUUCCGCGAAGAGGCUCCCGACGCUGACGCACUUCCGGCCUUUGUGGUUUGUCCGCUGUCCGUGCGCUGCUGUCCGCGCAGCGGAUCUGAAGCUUCCCUGGACCCUGAAGUUAAUCCCAGAAUGGCUUCAACAGGGGAACAGGAUGGACUUAAGAUUGUGAAGGUGGAAGAAGACCCUGUCUGGAACCAAGAAACCUACCUUCAAGAGAGCAGCUUUUCUGGCCAGGAGGCCUCCCGCCAACUUUUUAGACACUUUUGUUACCAAGAGACUCCUGGUCCCCGAGAAGCACUGAGCCGGCUCCGGGAACUCUGCCAUCAGUGGCUAAGGCCAGACACACAUACCAAGGAGCAGAUCCUGGAGCUACUGGUGCUGGAGCAGUUCCUGACCAUCCUGCCUGAGGAGCUCCAGGCCUGGGUGCGGGAGCAUCACCCAGAGAGUGGGGAGGAAGCAGUGGCUGCAGUUGAAGAUCUGGAGCGAGAGCUUAGUGAGCCAGAGAACCAGGCCCCAGAUUGUGAACAUGGACAUUCUGAAGUGCUCUCAGGGGAUGCAGUGCAUUUGAAGGCCAAGCAGGAAUCAGCAGCCACCCAGCUUCAGUCCAUGGUGACACAGCUUAAAUAUGAAUCUUUUGGGCCUCAAAAACUUGGAGAACAAGAUGGUGAAACUAUACUUGAAAACAAGGACUUAGUCUCGAAGCAAAAAGUCUUAAAAGAAAUGGGACAUUUUGAGAACAGCAGACUCCAAAGAGAUGUUCCUCUAGAUUCUAAGUACAGAGAAGCUUGUAAACGUGAGAACAGAGUAGAAAAUCAGAGGGGACACCCCAGUGGAGAGAGACGUCACAGAUGCAAUGAGUGUGGGAAAAGCUUUACUCAAAGUUCAGUUCUCAUUCAGCAUCAGAGAACCCAUACUGGGGAGAAGCCAUAUGAAUGUGAAGAAUGUGGAAAGACCUUCAGCCAGAGGUCAGGCCUGAUUGAACAUCAGCGAAGCCACACUGGAGAGAAACCCUAUCAAUGUAAGGAGUGUGGGAAAGCCUUCAGUGCCAGCAAUGGCCUCAUAAGACACAGAAGAAUCCACACUGGAGAAAAACCAUAUGAAUGUGAAGAGUGUGGGAAGGCCUUUCGCCUGAGCUCAUACCUUGUUCAGCAUCAGAGGAUACACACUGGAGAGAAGCGCUAUCGCUGUAACGAGUGUGGGAAAGCCUUCAGUCAGAAUGCAGGGCUUUUCCAGCAUCUCCGAAUCCAUACCGGUGAGAAACCCUAUCAGUGUAGUCAGUGCAGUAAAAGCUUCAGUAGGCGAACACUCCUUAUCAAACAUCAGAGAAGCCACACUGGAGAGAGACCAUAUGAGUGUGAUGAGUGUGGGAAAGCCUUCAGUCAUCAUUGCAACCUCAUUAGGCAUUUUAGAAUCCAUACUGUUGGUAGUUCCCGUCAUGGCUCAGUGGUUAAUGAAUCCGACUAGGAACCAUGAGGUGGCAGGUUUGAUCCCUGGCCUUGCUC